UAGUUAAAAUGUUGAAACCGGACAGCAUUAUUCGUCCCAGAAAAAUAGCAAGCAUUUCAGACAGUCAAAAAUUUAAAAACCACAGUCCAACAGUGCUCAAAAUCAAAGAGCCCGAUUUUAAAGUAAACAUCCCAUACGGUUAUACAGGAACGUUGAACAAGUGCAAGUCCAAGAACUUACAUCGCAAAAGCGUAUCUGGAAAAGUCCUAGAUGAAUUCGAGUUGUACUGCGAGAAAACAACCUUGCACGGGCUCCGCUACGUCGGAGACACCACUCUAACAUUCUGCGAACGAAUAUUUUGGUUCGUCGCCUUCAGCGUGGCGAUCGGCUUCGCAGCUUACUACAUCACGAACAUAUACCAAAAGUGGAACUCCUCGCCGGUUAUAAUAAGCUUCAGCCCCUUCGACGUUCAACUCAAAGAGAUACCGUUCCCUGCGGUUACGAUUUGCAACAUGAACCAAGCGAAGAAGACCGAAGUGGUCAAAAUUAAAGCAGAAGGGAAUCCGAAGGAUUUGAAAUUGUUGGACGAUAUUUGCAAUAGCAACGAUACGUUGAAUGCGACCGAAACGACGGGAUAUAACUGGACGAAUUUGCGUAACUUUCUAAUAAGGGUAGGUAAUUCCUGCUCGGAUAUGCUCAAACAAUGCAGAUGGUCGACUCAAGGUAAAAGUUGUCUUGAUUUGUUCAUUAACGAUCUGACAGACGAAGGGCUUUGCUGCUCUUUCAAUCGCCUACCGCCGAAAUAUAUAUUUAGAAACCCAAGUGAAGUUUCAUUGGAAUUGAAUCAAUCCUAUUCCGACUUCGUAUACGACUGGACUCCGGAAACUGGUUUUCCGGAUGAUUAUAAUGACAGUUACAUUCCUAAAAAACCGUUAGGUGCCGGAGCCAAUUUAGGACUUUCAGUUGUAUUAGAUGCGCAAGUAGAUGAGUAUUAUUGUUCAUCAACCAGUAGCAUUGGAUUUAAGAUAAUUAUUGGUAAUCCUAUAGAAACGCCUAAAAUGGCUGAUUACGGUGCAUUAUUGAGUCCUGGUGUUGAAGCUAGAUUUUCCAUAACGCCGUCUGUGCGCGAAGCUUCCCCAAAUCUAAGAAGCGUUCCAGUUGAUAAAAGACAAUGCUAUUUCGCCAACGAAAGAAAAUUGAUUUAUUAUAGGACGUAUUCCAAGAGUAAUUGCCAGCAGGAAUGCGCAAGUAACCGCAUAUACCAAAGUUGCGGAUGCGUACCGUAUUAUUUGCCUAAAGAUCCAAUGAUGAAGUUUUGUGAACAAGACGACAGCCCUUGCGUAGAAGAUAUUCAAGCUACUGUAUCAAAAGAAACGAAACAUAGUCAAAAAGUGUCCUGCUCUUGCUACAGCCAAUGUAGUUCUUUGACUUAUUCAUCUAAAAUUAAUACUGGAAUAUUGGAUGCUUCUGUAGACACGGUUUUCAAUUUACAAGCCGUUCCAGAAAAAGAUACCAACGAUUAUACUGUCCUGCAUCUCUUUUUCAUCGACAACCAUUACGAGAAAAUCAUAAAAGAUCGGCUCUUCGAUUUCACCGAUUUGAUAGCUAGUACCGGCGGUCUUCUGGGAGUGUUUCUAGGUUUCAGUGUCCUAAGUCUCGUAGAAUUAAUAUACACUGUGGUUUCGAGAAGUGCAUUAAUAAUUGUCAACUACUUCAGGAGACCAUUCCCGUUUUUAAAUUGA